GUCCAGGGCCGGGCGCGGCUGGCGCGGCGGUGACAUUGGGGGGAAGGAGAAGACGCCCGUUUUCCUCCUCUUUGGGCCUAGAUUUUCGGGGACUGAAGAAAGGCGUGGAGCUCGAUCUGCAGAAGGGAGCUCGUCAUGGCGGAUGACCUAAAGCGAUUCCUGUAUAAAAAGUUACCAAGUGUUGAAGGGCUCCAUGCUAUCGUCGUGUCAGAUCGAGAUGGAGUACCUGUUAUUAAAGUGGCCAACGACAAUGCUCCAGAGCAUGCAUUGCGGCCUGGCUUCUUGUCUACUUUUGCCCUCGCGACAGACCAAGGGAGCAAACUGGGACUUUCAAAGAACAAAAGUAUCAUCUGUUACUACAACACCUACCAGGUGGUUCAAUUUAAUCGCUUACCUUUGGUGGUGAGUUUCAUAGCCAGCAGCAAUGCCAAUACAGGACUAAUUGUCAGCUUAGAAAAAGAACUUGCUCCAUUAUUUGAAGGAUUGAAACAAGUUGUGGAAGUUUCUUAAUCUGACAGUGAUUUCGACGUGGACCUUCUCUGCAUUGUAACAGCCCAGUAUCAAUCCAGCAAUCCUUAGCCCACAGGACGACCUGUACCCUGUACCCGAGAAAGUACACCUUAACUAAAGAAAGAGCCUGUGGAUGACGUAGAUCACUUGUCACAGGUCCUUGCGUGUGGUCCCUUCGUAUUUAGUGAGAUCUGAAGAUGCCUCAGAAACGGCUCAAUCUAUCACAGCUCCCAUGGAGUUAGUCCUGUGACCUGACAUGGGUGAGAAACCGCUCCGUGGAUCCCAAUCAGAACGGUACGCUGGUCCCCGCGAGCCGUUGCCUGCUCCCUGUGUAAAAUACCCUCGCCUGUCGGAUGCAGCGUCCUUUUUUAUUGUGAAAAUGACGAAGACAUAUUUUUCUUCAGAUUAUGUUUUAUUUUGUUGCCUUGAGUGUGAGGGAGAUAAAAUGGCUUAGUAAGAAUAAUAAAAUCAGUACAAUCACUAA